AUGCUGUGGGGCCGCGUCGGGUCCAAGGCCGACGCCGAGUGCGAGGCCGCGAUCAACUUCUUGGCCGCGAUGCCGCCGGCGAAGCUCCGGCCCGUCCAGCUGCGGCCGGCCCGCGUCCGCGCCCGGAGCGCCCAGCCGCUCGUCGCGCCGGCCGUCGACUCGCUCGUCGGCAAGCGCAUCGAGUACCUCGAAUGGGUCGACUUCCCUGACGGCGGCGAGGCUAUGCACUGGUUUGCGGGCGUCGUCAAGCAGGUCAGCGACGGCACGGUCCGCAACUUCAACUUGCAGCGGCGCAAGGACCCCCCGGCCAAGGCCUGCUACCAGGCGAGCUCCGCGAGGAUCCUGUGGGACGCGCAGCCGGCCUUCGGCGAGCACGAGCCCACCGAGUCCUGGGUCGCCCUGCGGCCCAACAAAUUCAACGGCGACCGGAGGUCCUGCUGGCGCCUCGACCUCGACUAG